CUGCUCGCUUUCAUCGCCCGGGCGGGUCGCGCGCUUACUAUGCAUGAUUUACAUAUGGGAGCGAGGCUGCGAUUGGCCGAGGGCUGAAGCGCUUAGUGGCGCCAAUAGGCGAGCGCCGUUCUGAGCGGCGAUUGCUGAGGGGAAAGACAUGGAGACGGGCCGGGGGCUUUUCCUGCGGGCGGCGGUGGCGUGGCUCUGCUUCGUCGAGGCAGCCUCUGCCUCGGCGCCCCCUCAGCGCUACACCCCCGACUGGCCCAGCUUGGACGCCCGGCCGCUGCCGGGCUGGUUCGACGCCGCCAAGGUCGGCGUGUUCGUCCACUGGGGAGUCUUCUCGGUGCCGGCCUGGGGCUCCGAGUGGUUCUGGUGGCACUGGCGGGGCGAGAAGCAGCCCGACUUCGACCGCUUCGUCCAGGCGCGCUUCCCGCCAGGCACCAGCUACGCGGACUUCGCCCCGCGCUUCACCGCCCACGACUUCCAGCCCCGGCAGUGGGCGCAGCUCUUCCAGCAGGCCGGCGCAAGGUCAGCAGCAGACGGGCGGAGCGGGCAGCAGAGGCCGCUUCUGCAUAGCGGCCGGCCUGGGGCUUAGCACGACUGAGCAGUAAUAAUAAUAAUGGUGUAUAAUAAUCCAUGUGACAAACAGCACAGCGAGGACUGUGUUAAUCGCAGUUGUUGUUAUGAAUUUCCCGCCCUUCACCCUAAGGUCCCAGGGUGGGCUACAACAUAAAAAAGAACAUCAGAAGCAGUUUAAAACAACAGUCACAGAAACAAUAUCAGGAAUAUAUAUAUAUAUAUAGUACAAUAUUUUUUAUUGCGUGGCAUUUUCAUUGUUCUGCGAUGGAUAAAAUACUCUUGCCUAGAAAAUUAUUGUUACUACACACCAUUGCUCUUUCAUAAUAUAAAUCAUUGCAAAACUAUUAUAGCAUUCAUAAUUAUUAGGAUAUAGCUAUAUUUUCUAGGCUUGAGUCUAGCUUGAGUACAGUCUUAACCUGCAGAAGAAUGAAGGUGUUGCACUGAACUGUGUCACUUCCUCUUCCAGCUUUAUCUGGAGAUGCCAGGGAAUGAACUUGGGAUCUUAUGUCUGCAAAGCUAUGGUCCUUUCCUAAAUUCUGUCACAGCAUCACCCAAUAAAAUUGACAUGCAGUGGAUUUUGGGACUUCCAAAAAUGUAAAAUACAUACUAAAACACAUAAUUAAGUUUUGAAAUUUCCUGCUGAAAGAUGUGGCAAUGAGAAAACUAUUGCCUUCAGACAUGUCCUGUUUGGGGACUUCCCAGAGGCAUCUGGUUGGUCAUUGUGGGAAACAGGAUGCUGAACUAGAUAGACAAUUAGUCUUAUCGAGUUGGGGUGCAAAAGGUUUUGCUGUAGUCCUCCCUCAGUCAUUCAGUUCUUGACCAGCUAGCACACCCUAUCUCUUGGUGAGGCUUCUUACGAAGCUGGGCUAGCCAUUUUCCAGACAUUGCUGUUGGGAUGAUCUAAUUUAAAAUUAUAGGCUUAUUGAGGAAACACCUCAAAAGGUAUGUGCCAUACAAUUGUAUCCAACUAAGUCCUACUUCAAGUAGACCCAUUGAAGUUAAUCGACUUAAGUUAUGUUCAUUAUCUUCAUUGAGUCUGACUCUGUCGGAAUAGCAUUGUAUACAACCCUUGAUUUAAAAGGGCUUAUCCAUAGAAUACAAUACAGUAAAGGGAGGGGGAGGGAUACAAAAGGAAGUGGAAUGGGGAAGUCAAUGCAGAAGUUACAAGAGGUCGAAGAUUUUGGGGAAGAAGUUCAAUCACUCGCAGAGAGGAAGAGAUAGAUAAGAAGGGGCCAGAGUAUGAAAAUAAAUAAAGAAAAGUAGUAACUGGACAAAAUGCAGGGCAAUAAAGAAACAGAAGCCAGCAAAACAAGAAAUGGAAAAAACCCCAGCUGUACAGGCACCAGAAAUAAGAAUGGAGGAGAAAGGGUGAAUCUGAGUGUACAAAGAGAAUUUCAGUCAUCAAACUGGGAAAAUAAAAGAAGAGAUCUGUGUUUUUGCAGAAGAUAACAGAAUACACGAGCAAUAGUUGUUUGUACAGUGUCUUGAAGAGUACUGUACACAGGGAGACGGCAAAAUAGAAGCAUUACUUAAGUGUCUUUCAGGCCAACUUGUUUAUUAAGUAGUUGUCCUAAUUUGGUUGCAGGGAGAUUAGAUGCCAUUGGCUAUUUAAUGAGCAUUCAUUCUGAUUUGUUCGUGGGGUGGUUGAAUGCCAUUGCAUCAAAGCAAAUGUUAUCCCAACUUUCCAGUUCAUUUUCCUGUCGCUUAUCACAAAAAGUCAGACCUUUGGAGGAAGCGGAUUUGCUGCGAGACCUCCCAAUCAGCUAUAAUUGUACAACCUGAAUUAGCUGGUACAUGAUUGAAUCUCACAUGAAAUUAGUGACAGUCUGGAAGUGCAGCCAGAGUGAGAGAAAAUGAAGUGAUUUAACAAAGUUGGGAAGGCCCAUCUUGGUCUAGUCUCUCCAGCUCUCACCUACCCUCCCUGUUAGAUUUGGGAAUAUUGUUGAUUAAUUUUGCAUGCUCUGGUUAUCUCCCGCUUGGAUUACUGCAAUGCGCUCUACGUGGGGCUACCUUUGAAGGUGACCUGGAAACUACAAUUAAUCCAGAACGCGGCAGCUAGACUGGUGACUGGGAGCAGCCGCAGAGACCACAUAACACCGGUCUUGAAAGACCUACAUUGGCUCCCAGUACGUUUCCGAGCACAAUUCAAAGUGUUGGUGCUCACCUUUAAAGCCCUAAACGGCCUUGGUCCAGUAUAUCUGAAGGAGCGUCUCCACCCCCAUCGUUCUACCCGGACACUGAGGUCCAGCACCGAGGGCCUUCUGGCGGUUCCCUCACUGCGAGAAGCCAAGUUACAGGGAACCAGGCAGAGGGCCUUCUCGGUAGUGGCGCCUUCCCUAUGGAACACCCUCCCACCAGUUGUCAAAGAGAACAACAACUACCAGGCUUUUUGAAGACAUCUGAAGGCAGCCCUGUUUUGGGAAGCUUUUAAUGUUUGAUGUAUUAUAGUAUUUUAAUAUUCUUUUGGAAGCCGCCCAGAGUGGCUGGGGAGGCCCAGCCAGAUGGGCGGGGUAUAAAUAAUAAAUUAUUAUUAUUAUUAUUUUCUUCCCUUCUAAUCCUGUUUCUUUGGUUCCUACAGAUAUGUGGUGUUGACGACAAAGCAUCAUGAAGGCUUCACCAACUGGGGGUCCAACGUGUCAUGGAACUGGAAUUCGGUAGAUACGGGGCCCCAUCGAGACUUGGUGGGUGAACUGGGGGAUGCUCUCAGAGAAAGGUAUCUAUGUGGGUUAACAAGUGGGGAGUGGAAGCUUAUUGCUGUGCAGGGUCCUGGGCUUCACAGCCUUCUGCUGACAUCCAGACCUAUCUAAUUCUAUUACUGUGUUUCCCCCUUUGUUUAAUCUUUAGGAACAUACACUAUGGACUGUACCACUCCCUCUUUGAAUGGUUUAACCCGCUCUAUUUAUUGGACAAAAAAAAUGGCUUCAAGAGUCAGUUUUUUGUCUAUGGCAAGAUCCUGCCUGAGCUUUAUGAGCUUGUCUUGAGGUAAGAUUGAACAACCUCCACUUACAUGCUUGCUCCCUAGCAAGCCCCAUUGAACAAAGUGAGACUUUCAAGUAAAUUGGGUUGCUCAGAGGUUUCCCCUUGCUACUUGUUGCUGUGGUAGAUUGUUAUUGUUCUUGCAACACUUAACAGAGUGUAUGGGGCUGUAUAAAGUUACAUAGGCCGCCUCUGCCAUAGUCCCAACAUUUUACCACCAUGUUUCCUACAUUGAAACCAUGACUUAGCUAUGAAAUCUCAAAUGGUUCACUAUGUGUCCCCUUAAACUACCUUGGUGGGUUGUUAUGAGGAUGAAAUGGAUAAGUUCAUAAGCAGUGUCCUGAUCUCCUUGAGGAAGGGCAGGAUAUAUAUGCCAGGGCUAUAUAUGCUUGUAUUGUUUUGAUAGUCUUAGAGGGGGAAAUAGCUGGGCAAGCCGCUGAAGCUCUUCCUCUUAGGCCCUGUCAUGGUUACUUAUUUAGAAAUGGUAGCCAAGCUUUGCCCCAUCCCCUUCAGCUCUUUGUAGGCAUGUUUACUCAGAUGGAAAUCGUACUGUGUUCAGUGGGGUUUGCUCACAGGUAAGGGUGCAUAGGAUUGUAGUCUUAGUGAGUGUAAAGGUCAACCCCUUUUGUUUUGCCCACAGUGGCUUCCAGAAUUUCAGCAAACAAUGCUGACAGACUUUCAAGCAUAUCUUUACAGACGAGAGAGCUAGGAACAUUAAAAAAACAAAAAACACCACUCAAGUUCUGUACCUGGUGUCCAAUUUUAUGCUUUAUGGAACUGCAGUACAUAUGCAACCCUAUAACUUUGUCAUUUCUAAAACAUGUUUGUAGUGCACAAAGAACUCCGGUUUUGUAAUAAGAAUGUAGGUUUCUUGCGUGCAGACCACUGGCACAAUAGGCUUCUGUCCACCCAGUCAUUUGUAGACAAGUGUAGUUAGCACACUUGGUGUAGAAAGGUGGGGUAUAAAUUGUUGUAAUACAUUUACAAAAUAAUUCAAUACCAUAAGCAGCUGUUAGUGGCUCAUCUCUGCAGAAAGACCAACUCGGAUUUAUGACGCAAUGGUACUUCCAUCUUAGAUACAAGCCAGAUCUCAUUUGGUCUGAUGGAGACUGGGAGGCACCAGAUACUUAUUGGAACUCAACCUCUUUCCUCGCCUGGCUUUACAAUGACAGUCCAGUCAAGGUAUCUCAAUUUCCUUCAUGUUUACUGAUCAGUUAAACAGGUUAAGAACUGGGCAGUCUCCUUGUUUGCAUUUGAGAUGAAUCUCUUAGAAUGGUUUCUGGUAUAUGGGAUUGUCACAUUUCUUGUGCUCCUUUGUAAGUUCUGCCCCUUUCCCUUUCCUCCGGGGUGAGAUGUAUUAAUUGCUUCUGAUGCAGGAUCAGCUUAUGGUUAUGAUUAUAUAUGUGUUGCUUUAUUAUACCCAAAGGUCUCAUGGCAGUUUAUAAACAAAUAUUUAAACCUACAACCACAAUAACUAAAAAAGAUCACACUAUGUGUCCCUCCAAGAGUGCACUUCCUGCCAUAAAAUUAAUCACACACAAUCACCGUAAAACCAUAAGCAGCUGAAAACCUUCCAUUGAGCUAGCGAGAGAAUGAUGUCAGUAUUCAAAUAUUGGGGUGUACAGUAUUUUUUUUAAAAAAAACCAACCCGACAGAGAAAAGAUGUUAGAUUUGCAGCCAGGUGCACCUUUCUGGGGAAGGUAAUCCAAAGGCAGAGGGCCUCUAAGAGAAAAGGCACUUUCUCACGUGGCAAUUCUCUGCACCACCAUUGGAGAUGGUAUUCAGGAAAGGGCUCCAGAGAUGACCAGGGGGUUCAGAGCAGGUUCAUAAGGGAAGAGACACCGCAUAAGCCUUAAGGCAAUAGAGUGUUCAUCCAUAUGACACUUUAUAGGUUAAAAUUAGCACUUGGAAUUUGGCCUGGAAAUCAGCUGAAAGCCCGUACAGAUGGUGGCACUGUUAUUAGAUUAUUCAUCAUCCCAGUUCCACUUAUAAAUAUGGCAGCCAGAUUUUGCACCAGCUGAAGUUCAUGAAGCCUCUUCAGAGGUAGCCCCACAUGUAACAUGUUAUACUAGACUUAAUGCGAUGUUACCAGAGCAUAGGCAGCCUAUCCCCAUCCAGCACCCUCAUCCAGUCUGUCACUGCAACUAGGCAGCUGAAUGGGUGUACAAACUCAGCUGAAAGGCAUUUGCUUAAGGUGAGGUGAUACAGAAGUUCCAUCAGCAGUGGCUCAUUCCCACAUGCAGAUUGCCACCCAAUGCUGCAGUCAUCUGGGAAUGGGCAGACAACAAGCCAGGAUUCUGUGACAUUGAAACUAAACUGUAGCAAAGUCUUUUUCCUCACUGCACUGUCAGGGAGCUGGGUGCAAGCCCAAGCCUUUGUUAAGGCUCGUUCCAGCUCAGGCACAAGUCUUGGUUUUGUGUGAAUGAGGCCACUUUCUUCAGAGUGCUAACAGGGAUUCUACAGCCAUCUAUAGGGCCACGUGUUGCUGUCCCCCGUCUUUGAUCCAAAGCAAAGUGGACGAACAGAACACACUGGAUACUUCCAUUUUUAUCCUGAAACAUUAAGCUCUGUUUUAUCUGGAGGAUUUCACACGCACCUGUAAUUAUUGAAGAUUGUAGCAUAAGGCAAAACAGCUGCAGUUAUUUCAUAUGAAUCUCUCCCUCUAGGAUACUGUAGUGGUGAAUGAUCGAUGGGGCAUCAAUUGCUCUUGCCACCAUGGAGGUUUCUAUAACUGUCAAGAUAAAUACGAGCCUGGCACUCUGCCAGACCACAAGUGGGAGAUGUGCAGCUCUAUUGACAGAAGAUCUUGGGGGUAUCGAAGCAACAUGCAAAUCAAUGAACUCAUGGAUGAAUCCAGCAUCAUUCAGGUGAGCACUUUGAAGUGUAAACAAAGGCCAAGGAUUGGCCAUCUAGCAAUGAUGUUGCAAAAGCUUGCAGAGAGUUGCCUGGAGGUUGCAACAGCCGGAGCAGAGAUUUGAAUUGAGCCUCAUCUCUAGUUAAAGUAGGCCACAUUCUUUAGGAAAAUGCUAGAUACUUUUGUACUUCAGCUUAAGCGCAUGUAAAUGGUGCUGGACAAGCUCAGUAUCUUUUUUUAAAAAAGGCUUUUUCAAUCUUCCCCAAACUGACUGCCUCCUACAACCACAGAUGAAUACCUGAAAAGAGAACAAACCAUGCAAAACCAUAAGCAGUCAUCCUUUUUGUUGACUUUUGAAGGGACUGCAUAAGAUAGAAGGUGAAGGAGAGGAUAAGAACUGGCAUGAAAUGCCACCACCACACCUGCUCAGACAGGCCCUUUUCCUUCUUCCCAACUUAUACUUAAAUCCCCCACAAAAGUUCGAGGCAUCAAACAUGAGCAUGCAAGAUAUUUAUGUUUGGUGAAAAUUUUGCUUUGUAUAUUUAUCAGAGUCAGUUUGUUGAAAUUACUGCAAGAGCAGCAGGAUACAUUCUGCAAUGUGAAUAUUUUACUAUAAUGUUGGAUACUUGUGAGGUUAUGGAAUUUCCUAAGUCAGGAAAAAGGAGGCAGGUGUCUGUGUGUUGUUCUACAGCAGGGGUGGCUGAUGUGUUGUCCCCCCAGAUGUUGGACUGCUGCUACUACUACUACUAUUAUUAUUAACAUUUGUUAGUUGCUUUAUCUUGCCCAAUGAAACCCAAAACGACUUACGAACAGACAGUAAACCCAACAUAGAUACAUUAAAACCAAGAGGAAAGAGAAGGACAUUAAAACAUCCCGUUUGCUUCUAAAAGGUCACAGAUAGUUAAAGGCUAAAGACCUGUUUUUGCCUGACACUUAAAGAUAUGUAGUGAAGGUGCCAGGAGAGCCUCCCUGGGGAGAGCAUUCCACAAAUGGGGGAGCCCCUGCAGAAAAGGCCCCUUGUCAUGUUGCCACUGUCUGGACCUCUAACAGAGAAGGCACAUGAAGAAGGGCCUCAGAGGAUGAGUGCAGAGUCCAGGUUGGUUCAUAUGGGCAGAAGCGGUCUUUGAGGUAUUGUGGGCCAUGUUAUCUCCCCUGUUCUAGAGUAUCCUUUCUCAGUGUAAAGGACUGGACUAGUUAAACAGGCACUUGCAAUUUUAUUGCUGCUUUGGGGAAUGACUUUCUUUCUCUCUUGACUUAAAAAUGUUUAUAUGUUCUGUUUCUGUCUUUACCACAGGAACUUGUGCAAACUGUGAGCUAUGGUGGAAACUAUCUUCUCAAUGUGGGACCCACAAAAGAAGGGGUGAUCGCUCCAGUCUUCCAAGAGAGGCUCCUAGCCCUUGGGAAGUGGCUAGGCAUUAAUGGGGAGGCCAUUUAUGAAUCAAAGCCAUGGAGAAUACAAAAGGAGAAUUGCACUUGCAGCACAUGGUAUGGCAAAAACUAAUACAAAAGUGGGCUUCUUCUUGAAGAUUCAGGGAGGUAGCAUCUAAUGCUUCAGCUAUCUGUAGUUAACCAUUAUUUGCAUAGCAACAUGAGGAGAUGUCACAGUGUCUUCAUGUAUAUUUGGUUGCAGUGUUGGCCUUAAUGUGAUGAGUAAACUGUGUUAGAACCUCUUUAGGAAUGAGCACACUUGCACAAAAUUCCUUUUGUAGUAUCUUACACAAAUUCAGGUGUGAAAGAAGAUCUAGUCUCUAUAAGCCUUUAUUACUAGACACUAUUUUACUGAGGUAGUAAGAAGGGCAAACCUUUUGCAUGUGCUGCAGUAGUUCAAAGGAAACUGAAAUGCAAGAGGCCUCACCUUAGAAAAAGAAAUAAAGUAUUGUCAAUCACAGGUGAUGCAGGCUGUUAAAGUAUUUGAUUGGACUGCACUUCUCUGCUCUUUCAGCACCCAAAGCCCAUGAAGGUGUGCUAUUCAGAUUAAUGCUUUCUUUUCUUACUGUGCUUUGCUUUAUUUUACUUAAUGAGAAGGUUUGUGUUAGAUUUAACAUCUGAAGCCACAAAUGGCUUUGUUUUGUUUAAAUUCUGGUUACACUUUUAAAUUUUCUUGGUUGACCUUUUGGUAUUUGCUACAUUGGGGGUAGUUAUUUUAUUUAUCUAAAAGGUGCACAAAUUGUCAAUAACCAAUUAUCUCCAAGGCAGCUUUUUGUAGAUCACAGAAUUGAAGAGUUGGAAGGGAUCCUGAGGGUCAUCUAGUUCAACCCCCAUUCAAUGCAGGAAUAAUUUUUGCUAUUAAAAGCUCCCUCAUACAUCAGCUAUGACAUGGUGAUUCGCUAAAUCCUAAGUAGAGGGAGAGAUGAGAGAAUACCAAUUCUGAAAGUCUUUCAGGAGCAGAGAACAUUUAAAAGAGAAUAGCCCAGCAUAGAACUCUAAUGGAAAGUUUCCACAGGCCCCUGCCAGACCCACCUCCAUGUUGGUGACGGCAGCAGUUGAAAAGCAAGGACAGACUGUCAUGCAAUGUUUGCUUUUAGGGGGUGUGAGUGUAAAGGUGGACUUUGAGGCUUUCAUCAUUCUUGGCCAUGCAGCCACAACAUGAGAAGGAGGAAGAAGCGCUAGAUCCCUGCAAACAUCAGCAAGGGAAGGUAUUUCCGAAACAGAUGUUCUGCUCCUACAAAAGAUGGGUGCUUUUUCUUUGCUUUGGAACUUUUGUGUCUGUUUCCACAACUUUGCUUUGCUAUAUAUUUUCUCAGGUACACUUCAAAGGGAGAAACAGUCUAUGCCAUCUUCUUGACUUGGCCAGAAAGCAGUGUGUUGAUUCUUCCAUCACCUGUCUCAUCUGCAACCACUAAAGUAAGGAAAGAAGGGAAAGCAGGCCUGAAAAUUGCAUCUACUGGCAUCUCAGUAAUUUUUAACAUUUCUUGAGCCUUUGUUAUGACAAAGAAUAAUUUUAAUGGCUCUAGCAGGAACUUGAAUACCCCGUAUUCAAUACAAAUAUGAAAUUGCCUUAGUCUGGCUAUUGGUCUGUCUAUUCCAGGCAUGACCAAAUAAACGCCCUCUCAGUUACCUUUGCCAAGAUACAGUAGAAGUUGUGCUGGAUUUCGCUUGAAAGGAAAUGCACCACAGAAUCUCCAUAUCAGAUUCAUAUGCAUAUUUGCUCUGGAAAGGCAAAGUACCCCUUCAAGUAUCACUUCAUAUCAUCCAUGUUCAUGUGCUCCAUACAUGGGUACCCAUUUCUGCUAAAUGAUGGCAACCUAAACCCUGACUGACCAAGAGGAGGCUGGAUUGUUCCUGAUCCUGAACGUGGCUGCUGGUGGUCUUGGGCAAAGCUCUCUCCUAGCUCUGCUUCUUGAGAUCUUUUUAACUGGAAAUACCAGGAGUUGAACCUGCAUCUUCAUGCUGUUAGGGCACUUCCCCAGUUAUCUGAUUAGCUGGGUUUAACCUCUGAGGGGCAGGGAAAACUGCCCAGCAUGAAGGCAAGUAGCUCCUUCCAUCUCCCCCACCCCAUGCACUGCUCUUGUUGCUCUUGCCCACUUUAGGGCUGCAGAUUUGCUGGACUUCCAGCUGGCUCCAGGUCACUAUGAUGCCCACACCGGAAAAUAAUAGGCGUGCAUUGUUUGCAUUUCCCUGUCAGUCAUGUGCCUUCCUAGAUUCUCUUCUUUUCCUUUUGUGAGGAGGCCACAAAUUAACACAGAGGCUGCAGCCUCUGCUCCCUAUAAGUAAUGCAGUUGGGUGAGGUGGGCAGCAGGAGAAGUAGUAACUACAGUGUAGGAAGGCAGCCUGUCAGUGGUUAAUCUAGUCGCUGAGUAUUUCCAAGAGAUUAAUUUAUCUGGGAUAUUUAUAAUUAGCCAGUCGCAGAAAGAGCUCAGGGUGAUACACAUCAAAACAUAUCAACAAAAAUACAGCAAAUAUAACUAAAGCAUAUUCAAAUGAGGGUGGAAAUUGUAACAGCUAAUUAAAAAACAUAUAUUGAUGCUCAGGGUAAAUCUUCUAUUAUCAGACUACAGAAAUAAAUUGAACUGAAAUUCACUUGUAGAGGAGAUCAUUCCAGAGAUGUGGUCUUACCACAGAUAAGUUCCUUCUAUACAUCCCCUCACCCUGAAUCCUGGCGGGGCCUGUGAACAGAGCUGCUCCCUCCACCUCCCCACUGGCUCAUCUUAAGAUCAAGCUGUCUGGCAUUGGAGGAGAUGCUCUGGCAGAUAUUUGGGCCCAAAGCUGGUUAGGGCUCUUAGGCCAUCUCUAACGCCUUGAAUCAUGCAGGCAGUGUAGAGUUUUCAGGGUUGGCACAUGUUCCCAUCUUGCUGCGCCAUCUGGCAGCCGUAGGUUUUCCCUCCUAAAAUUGCCCUAUGACUCUUCAGAAAAUUAGAUUGCUGCAAAUAAUCAGAGAAGCUCCUUCCUUCAAUAGGCAAUUGUAGCUAGAUACUUGCCAGAAUGUUCUGUAAUAGACUUAAACAGCAAAAUGCCAUCUGAAAACAGAAUUCACAUCUUUAAAUGCCAUUUUAUAAGAAUGUUAUUUGCUUCCUCUUGCAUCCUGUGUAUGUGGUCUACCCCGUGCUCUGCAAUCACUUUUUAAUUAUUCAUUUCUGACAAGAGAUCAAUCUAUGCAGAUGGAUACUGUGUCCUCUUGUUGGGAAGGAAGCAGUGGUAGUUUUGUGCCUGUUCAGGCUACCCACAAUCCCUAGACUCUUCAGGCCUUAAGCCAGUAAGCAAGUGCUUGGCAGAUGUCUGUGCCUUAAAGUUAUUUUUUCUUGGUAUUUUCUUAACUGCAGUAAGCUUGAUAAAGGCAGUCCCCUCCUUACAAUCUUGGUACAGUUUGUUUUUACACUGGUACAGUUUUCUCUUAAAGAGCACAGUGAAAACCUUAUCCCUAAUUGAAACUUGCCAUUUCCAUAUACUUCCUUUCUUGGAAACUCUUACGAAGCAGAGGAUAUUUCUGAAAUCAUUGUGCUUUAUUCUGAACAUUCCUUCCACCCCAAUUCUGAAUGGUUUGAAGACAGUUGAGUUGUUUAGUGCAAUGGGGAUCCUUCUUGGAGUAGCUGUUUGUUUAUAUUUCUCAUGUUUAUAUCCCACCAUUCCCCCAAGAAGCUUAAAAGCAGUACAUUGUGCUCCCCCACUCCAUUUUCUCCUCACAGCAACCCUGUGAGGUAGGUUAGACUGAGAAACUGUUACUGGUCCAGGAUCGCCUAGUGAGCUUCAUGGCUAAGUGGGGAUUUGGACCCUGGUCUCCCAGUCUAACACUAACCACUACUCCUCACUGGUUCUCCCCAUGUGAUUGACACACAGUACCUGCAUUGGGCUCAUGGCCCAGCUAGGAUGCUGUGGCGGGGUGGCCAUGUCACUGAGAAAAGAUGUGCAAUCAUAAUAUACAUUACUAGUCAGGUUAUGAGCUGUUUGGUGGUUCCACAUGUUCCGCAAGACCAAUAUGGAGAUUGCUAGCUAUGUGAACCAGCCUAAUUAUCUUACAAUGUUUUUGUAUAAAGUAACAAAUAAACAACUUUUGUAUCCUUGUUGUAGGUGACUAUGUUGGGAUUCUCUGAACCUUUGAAAUGGCAGGUAGCCCCAGACAAAGGACUGAAGAUCAUGCUGCCCUCUGCUGUUCCUUCACUUCUCCCUCUGCAGCAUGGCUGGACUCUUAAGCUAGUUGGAGUGGCAUGAUGGUGAAGUUGGAAGGAAAUUGAGGAACGUCUGUUUCUCUCUCAAUGACGAACCAUUCAAGCUGGUGUGAUUAGUGGCAUGAAUGGGUUUGAAAUGGUGGGUGGUCGGGGCUUAAAAGAUGGGUCUGCAAUGCAAUGCAGUGUUUAUGUGUUAGCAAUCCUCAGGUGUUGCAUUUCAGUAGGGAGAAACCGAAGAACGGGCAUUCUCCCGGCAGGAUUUAAUUUGCCUGACACAAAUGUCCAAAAGCACUCUGCUGUAGUGCAUUGAGCAUCAUUUGCACAGAAUGAGAACUGUCUCCAGUAACUUCUCGGGGAAAUCAGCUUGGGCUGUGAUGAGUUCCACUUCAUUUACAUGUUAUGGGAAACUAUACCUAGUGGCUAACUGAACACCAAAGUUGUUGUGAUCUUGGCCACUUAGCUUGAAAUAAACUGUGAUCCUUGACUUAGCAUUACACCUGAAGCAGAAAUUGUGGUUUGUUUCAGUCUCAGCAUACCCUGAUCUGUAGCCAAGGUUUGUCCUUGGCUUACUGAUGAUGCUUUGUUAGAGCAAAAGAAACCAUGAUUCCUGGCUUAGCGUUACCUCCAAAGCUGGGGUCAUGGUUUGUUUUGCUCUAAUGCUAAGCCAGGGAUAAUGGUUUGGGUCCACUUGCAGGAAAGGGACAAAAGCAGCUCUGAAAAGCACAUUCCAGCAAACCAUUACCUGGUAUACUGUGAUAUGCAAACGUAGGCCAUCAAUUAGAGGCAAAAUGAGCAGAGCUCAGCAAUUGAUCUCAGUUGAAUUAGAGCAGGUCUCCCAUUUAUGUAUCGCUUUACACAGGAGGAGUCACAAAGCAGUUUCCAGAGACAACAGCAUACAAUCGACAAUAAAAAAAUAUCAAAAUGAAUCAUAUAUGAAGUAUAAAACAAAAUAACUAUAUUAAGUGUUCAUUCACAAAAAUCACUCAAAAACAUGAAUAACUGCCCCAUCCAAUAAGUAUGAACAGCAAAAAUAUAUGUCCAAAAUAUAGACCAUUAGUAUUAAGAGGUACUAAUUAGAACUUUGAAAGCUUCUGAAAAGUGUUUUGCUUGGAAGUGGAAAGGAGAGGCCUUGUAUCUAAGUUCACAAACCAGCAAAGUCCAAUGGGAGGGAACACAGAAUUAACUAGAAUCACUGGUAACAAGCCAUCAAUACAUCACAGUUGUGGGGCAAUAGAUAAUUAAAUGCCAGAUUUUGGUGCAGUGAUUUGAGGGGAACAAAACAACUUUGUUCUUGGAAGGCAGUGAUGAUAUGACCUUCAUGCUUUCAGAAUUGUGUAAGUUCAUCUCUUGCAAAAAGUGGAACGUGAGCCCAUGUAGAACAGGGAAAGGACUCUCUUAGAAUGGGUUUCAAGGUCUAGACUUACAAAUCAAUUAAGAAUUCACUUGUAAAUAAGAAAAGUAGCUGGUCCCUCACUUGCCUUUCUCAUGCAUUCUAUUGAUGAAGAGUUAAUGCUAUCCUGAAACAUCCAGUUAAUUCAUAUUGCUGCAUAUGGCAUUAAGUGCCUUUUCCACAGGCAUGGCUGGCAAAAUUUAGAAACUCUCACCAUUGGCUGCUCAUCUCACCCCGUUUUUCCUUAGCUAGUCCCUUCCCUUAUGUCAAGGGUAGCAAAUCUGGUGCCCUCCAGAUGUUGGACUUGAACAUCCUUGACAACCGGUCAUGCUAGCUGUGACUGAUGGAAGUUGUAGUCCAACAUCAGGAGGAUACCAUGUUGGCUAACCCUUCCAUAGCAUAUAAACUUACCUUCUAAAUGAAUAAACAUACAAGAUGGGGAAUACGAUUGCAGGACCUUUUACCCCAUUUCUUGAGGGAUGUUCUUGUGCUCUGGAAGUACAAGCUAAUCAUGCAGUUGAGGGCAAAUGUGGCUCUGAGUGAAGGGUAUGAGUAAUUGGGUUGAAAUGUUGACCCUGCAAGGGAUGGAUGUGGGAUCUGUGGCACUACAGAUGUUAGUCCUGCUUCCAUCUGCACCAGCCAGUUGAGGAUGAUGGAACUUGUAGCCGGGCAACAUCUGCAGGACUACAGGUUCUCUAUCUCUGCUGCAAGGGUUAUGUAGCAGUUAACUGCAUUCUGCCACCCCCACCAUGGUCUCUAGACUAUGAUCAAGCAAUGCAGUAGAUCCCAGCAAAUUUAAGGAGUGUGUUGCAGUUGCUUAGCAACUAUAACAGGUGAUUUCCUCACCUCCAUCAUAUGGCCUAUCAUGACAAAAUACGACAGACAGUAUAUUUCAAAGAGAAACUCGUACGGUGCAACUCUGUAAAUGAAGGACUUUAAAUCAGAUGUUUAAAUCUUUUAUAUAUAUAUAUAUAAAACCAAACUGCUAGAUUGAACCACAUGGUAUGAGUGGUCCUGAUGUGUUGUUCUGCAAUGUAUUGAUCACAGUGCCUUUUCUGUUUUUCAUAUCUGAUUUGAAAUGUUGGUUUUGCAAAAAUAAUAAAACAUUGGAAUUGAAGUAAAA